AUGGAGGCAUCGCCCCUCACCCAGCAAAGUAGACCCGAGACCUUUCAGCCGAAGAUCGUCCAGCUCUACGAGACUCUUUUUAAAGCCGACGAUGCUGAGCAUUCCGAGGGCUUCUGGAGGGAGUUCUUCCUGCUGUCUCCCAAUAGCAGCCGGCUGCACGCACUGCUAGAUGGUCUGAGCCCAGACGACACAUUGAGUCUGCAGACGCAAACGAAGCAUCUUUUCUCCCGCGCAAUUCGCGAGGCAGCUGCUGGUAUCGCCCCGGCUGAUUCUUAUGCUUUGGAUACAUUGUCGGUCUUUUUGACCAGUGUAUUGAGCAAAAAAUACACAAACCCCAGCUCAGACGUCAUCACAGUCCUAGCCGGGCUUGACGAAGUCGAUCAUGUCAUCUCCGAUUUUGUCUCCGUCCUGGACAACAUCAUUCGCACUGGCAGUAGCCUUGAGGUACGCCGCAGGGCAAUCAGAGUGGCCAUCGCCAUGACCAGUGGGGCAUACAAGACCAGCCUCGUCUCCUAUUUCACCCACCGGGAUCUCUUCCCAUCGCUGAUGAAGUAUGUAAAUGACUCUGAUACCCCGAUGCAAGUCUUCGACCCCUUCCUUUUGCUGGGGCUGUUGGCAAAUUACAACAAAUUCGAAUUCCAAAAUCCCUACCAGCUUCGACUCGACGAUUUUGUCAAUGAGUCGAGCACUCAAAAGAUCGUCAAGGGCGUCGGUCUCUCUUGUGGUGGCCUACGUAAUGGCUAUAUCGCUGUGCAGGAUGAUAUACCCGAAGGCUGGAACUUGACCAGCACUCUAAUUUUCUUCGGUCUGCGGGCCAUUACACCCGGCGCACGAGACAAAGCGAAUCCUCCCACGGCUGAGGAAGCAAAGGCGAUGUUUGCUGCACUACCGGCUCAAGAGGCCGCCAUCCUGAUGGCGACGUACGACUUUACAAACUCGAACAAGCUUUUCGGUUACCACAUGGUUCACAUGAUGCCAGAGAACAAAACCGAGGAGUCACCAUUCUCAAGCUUCCUCUCCUUGGCCUCCUACCUCCAGCAACACGCGUACCGCUCCGUUAGAAGCUCACACUACGCCGAGCUAAGCCUGUUCACCCUACGCAUCCUCGUCGAAGACCCAACCCUCUGCAAGCACAUCUGCAGCGAUGAAAGCAAGCGCACAGUCCGGCUCUGCCGCCAGCGCCAGCCCUACCUCCCCCUAGUCGCCGGGGAUCGGGUACUAGCAACAGUAACCUUUGACAUAAUGAUCGACACACUCACGCACAACCUCCGCCGACGACUUGACGCGAACAUCUACGGCCACGCGAUCGCAAUCAUCCUCCGCCUCCUAACCUACCUCUCCAUGAACAAAAUCCGCCUCACAUACCACUGGUCCGAGCUUUGGCGCACUCUCCUCUCAACAAUGCGCUUCUUGACAACCUACGCCACCGACCUAAGUACCAACCAUAAAAUCCACCUCCUAACCAACUCCCUCGCCGACCUGAUGGCCUUCUGCGUCUCCGGAGGAGACACAUUCCUCCCAGACCCCGCCUCUUACGACGACCUAUUCUACAAGCUCGUCGAAACCGGGCCCGUGAUCUCUAAAUUCCGCGACGUCUACUUCCGAGACUCAAAAGACAACACCCAUGCCGCAGCAGUUGACACCCUGCUCUCCGUCUCGACGCACUUCUACGCCCUCCUCUUCCAGUCCGAAGGCGAUGCAGCUGCGACUGUGGCGCCUAGUCCGAAGCCGGAUGGCGAGCCGACGCCUGUUGCGCUGCCGGCGAUUAAGAAGAGGAAUUUGAGUCCGAAGGAGGUGCAUCGGAUUAUCAAGCAGGGGUAUGAUACGCUGAGUAUUCAGCCUCCGGAGGGGUUGACGACUUGGUCGCGGUGGAGGGAGACGGACUGGAAGGGUGAGUUGAAGAGGGCGGCUAGGUGUGCGGUUGAUGAUGCGCGGCAACUUGUUGCUUGA